AUGGCCAGAGGACAGCCCGCCUCCUCACCACCAGCGGCGACUCCGCUCAGAAAGUCAACGUCCAGCACGCAGAAUAUGAAGAACCAAAAGUCAAUCCUGGGAUUCUUCCAGAAGUCCUCGCCGUCUACACCUUCGACACGAAUUGCUGAACCCAUAUCUUCGCCCGCCCAGGGAGCAUCUGAAUCCCUCCCAUCCACCGUCAAGCACGAGGCGAGGUCCGCGAAGGCCGCCUCAAAGUUCACGCAAGACCUUACACCCGUGCCAAGUAGCGACUUGGGAUUGAUUGAUGAGGAAGAUGAUAAGAAGCAGAUUAGCCCCAUUGCUCCCAAGACAACCGAUUCUCCUUCACGGCGGGGCCUGAAGAAAGUGAACUACAUGGAAUCCGGCUCCGAGGGCGAAGACGACGAUGAAGAGAUAUUCCGUCCGACUCGGAAGAACAACAGGGCUUCAAAAAGAAGGAAGGUAUCACCCGAUAGUGAUGAAGCCUUUGAGCAGGAUGCACAAGAGGCCGAAUACUCUGACGACGAAAUGGACGACUUUGUUGUUCCCGACGAGUCAGAGGACGAGGCGAAACCUACCAAGAAACGAAAGAAGCCAGCCAGCCAACCGAAGGGCAAGUCAUCACCUUCACUCCUGCCAGCUGUCAGUGAUGAGGACCGCGACUUGGAACUUCCUGACGCCUCAUCGGGCUCAGCAAUGAAGUGGACCUUUGAUCCUGAGAACACAGAAGCUCGUCCGGCUCGAGCUAGGCCCUCUGUUUCCAAGACACCAUCCAGCACAUCUAAACCCAAAGCACAUACCACAGAACCGGAGCAACGUUAUGCGUGGCUUGCCAACAUCCGGGAUAUUGACGGUAAUCCCAUUGGCCACCCUGAUUACGAUCCUCGCACGCUUUAUAUCCCUCCUCUAGCAUGGUCCAAGUUUUCUCCCUUCGAGAAGCAGUACUGGGAAAUCAAGCAGAAGUUCUGGGACACUAUUGUAUUUUUCAAGAAGGGCAAAUUUUAUGAGCUUUAUGAAAAUGACGCAACCAUCGGACACCAGUUAUUCGACUUGAAGCUCACUGAUCGUGUGAACAUGCGCAUGGUGGGUGUUCCCGAGUCGAGCUUGGACCAGUGGGCAAAUCAAUUCGUGGCAAAAGGGUUUAAAAUUGCCAGGGUUGAUCAGUCUGAAUCGGCUCUAGGAAAAGAGAUGCGUGAAAGGGGAGGCAAGAUAGCUGGAGGAAAACAGGACAAAGUCAUUAAGAGAGAACUAGCAUGUGUUCUCACUGCAGGUACCCUUGUUGAAGGCUCUAUGCUGCAGGACGAUAUGUCCACCUUCUGUGUGGCUAUCAAAGAGGCAAUUAUUGAAGAUCGUCCGGCAUUUGGACUCGCCUUCGUCGACACUGCAACAGGACAAUUCUUCCUGUCGGAAUUCGUCGACGAUGCAGAUAUGACCAAAUUUGAGACAUUCGUUGCGCAAACACGGCCACAAGAACUUCUUCUCGAGAAAUCGACCGUGUCUCAGAAAGCCCUACGCAUAUUGAAGAACAAUACAGGCCCGACAACGAUCUGGAACCAUCUCAAGCCGGGCAAGGAGUUCUGGGAGGCUGACAUCACCGUGAAAGAGCUCGAUGCGAGCGAGUAUUUUACUUCCAGAGACAGCGAUAACCUCGACUCCUGGCCAGAGGCUCUUCGACAGGCUCGUGACAAGGAACUUGUGAUGUCGGCUUUUGGCGCCAUGGUACAAUACCUCCGGCUUCUAAAGAUCGAGCGUGAUCUGAUCACGAUUGGCAAUUUCUCGUGGUACGAUCCCAUCAAGAAGGCUUCUAGUCUUGUUCUGGAUGGCCAAACUCUGAUCAACAUGGAAAUCUUUGCAAACUCUUUCGAUGGUAGCAUCGAUGGUACACUCUUCCAGCUUCUUAACCGUUGUAUCACUCCGUUUGGAAAGCGGAUGUUCAAGCAAUGGGUAUGCCACCCAUUGGUCGAUGCAAAGAAGAUCAACGCCCGGUUGGACGCCGUGGAUGCUUUGAACGCUGAUCCCAGUGUCCGGGAUCAGUUCUCUUCUCAGCUCACAAAGAUGCCGGAUCUUGAGCGCUUAAUAUCCCGCAUCCAUGCUGCAAGCUGCAGGGCUCAAGAUUUCGUACGGGUGCUAGAAGGCUUUGAACAGAUCGAAUACACUAUGAGCAUUCUCAAGGAUAGCGGUUCGGGUGAAGGCGUCAUUGGACAGUUGAUCAACUCAAUGCCCGAUUUGACGGAGCUCCUAGAGUACUGGAAAACUGCCUUCGACCACUCCCAAGCAAGGGAGAGCGGCCUCUUAGUACCCAAACCCGGUGUUGAGGAAGAUUUCGAUAAAUCUCAGAACACUAUCAAACAGUUGCACCAAGACCUAGAGGAUCUACUGAAACGGGUCCGUAGUGAGCUAGGCUCUACUGCCAUCGUCUACAGGGACAAUGGCAAAGAGAUCUACCAGAUGGAAGUGCCGAUUAAGGUGAAGAAUGUCCCCAGGAGCUGGGAUCAAAUGUCAGCAACGAAGCAGGUCAAACGGUACUACUUCCCUGAGUUGCGCACUGCCAUCCGCAGAUUGCAAGAAGCCCAGGAGACCCAUAGUCAAAUUGUCAAGGAAGUCUCGAAACGAUUCUUCGCCCGCUUCGACGAGCAUUACUCCACUUGGCUUUCUGCUGUUCGGGUUGUCUCGCAGCUGGACUGCUUGAUCAGCCUGGCGAAGGCGUCGUCAAAUCUAGGCGAACCGAGCUGUCGCCCUGUGUUCGUUGACGAUGAACGAAGUGUGCUGGAGUUCGAGGAGCUUCGACACCCUUGUCUCCUCUCCUCUGUUGACGAUUUUAUUCCCAAUGACGUUCGACUGGGUGGUAGCGCUCCAAGCAUCGAUUUGCUUACUGGCGCCAACGCGGCCGGAAAGUCUACUCUCCUUCGCAUGACCUGUGUUGCUGUUAUCAUGGCCCAAAUCGGCUGCUACAUGCCUUGCAGGUCCGCCCGCCUAACCCCGGUCGACCGCAUUAUGUCGCGCCUAGGCGCGAACGAUAACAUCUUUGCUGCCCAAUCUACAUUCUUCGUCGAGCUCUCUGAAACCAAGAAGAUUCUCUCCGAAGCAACACCACGCUCCCUCGUUAUCCUUGACGAACUCGGCCGCGGGACCAGUUCAUACGACGGCGUCGCUGUUGCCCAGGCGGUUCUUCACCACGUCGCAACCCACAUCGGCGCCCUCGGUUUCUUCGCAACGCACUAUCACUCCCUCGCCGCCGAAUUUGAGGGUCACCCGGAGAUCGCACCUAAACGCAUGAAAAUCCACGUCGACGAAGCAGAGCGCCGUGUCACGUUCUUGUACAAGCUCGAGCCCGGUGUUGCCGAAGGCAGCUUUGGUAUGCAUUGCGCUGCUAUGUGCGGAAUCUCCAAUACCGUCAUCGAGAGGGCCGAAGUCGCUGCUAAGCAGUGGGAGCACACCAGUCGACUUACCGAGAAUCUUGAGCGCCGCAAGGGCGGAGGGCUCGUUGGGCUCGGUUGGUGGAGUGAUAUCGCCUGGGCUCUCCGAGAGACAACCAGCAAGGAAACAGACGAUGAUUACGGUGCGGAACUCACAGAUAGGGGCUUGGAGGUCCUUCGGAGAGCAAUCGAGGCUCUGUGA